AUGGCUAGUCUGAAAAUCGGAAACGAUACUGAAGAUAUGUUUUAUGAAAAUCUUUCUUUGAGUCUUGCGAAAGUGUUGAAUAAUAUACCAAGAAUAACAAAUGUUACGCUCGAAAAGAGACUUCCAUGUGAAAAAGCACAAGUGACAGCUUGGGAAUCUAGACACAAUGUUUACUUGCCAGAUGAUAUGAAAAGAUUCUAUUUAUCUACUGAUGGAUUCAACUUUUAUUGGAGCUAUCAAUAUUCUCCUAACGACAUUCGACGUGUCGGCCACAUCCAUUUUCCUCAUUUAAUUCAGAUUACUCUUGUCAGGGAUAAUAUCGAUACUAUCCUAACGGUCAGUCCGAAUACAACUCUCACGGUUCCUCCGAUCAUACGUCAAUCUAACUAUGUGGAAAUGAAUAUAAGCCAUCUUAACCAUCUUAAUUUGAAUUCAAGAAGCAAAAUUUUUGAGCUUAGUACGAUUGCAAAUCUAGCCAAAGUGUGCCUCGUUUACGAAACACCGGAAUGUUCAAGUCCCAAAAUAUUUUUACUCGAGACGAAUUCAUUACGAUGGCAGUUUCUGGCCGAAUCGUUUACAGAAUAUCUACGUAUGAGUAUUGCUCAUUUGGGCUUACCGUAUUGGGAAUUAUGCUUUUCUAGCUGUGGCCUUCCAGCGUGGACGGAACAGUUAUUUUUGUUACUGGCUCCACAUUUACUAGAAAAGAAUGAUAAUAGGAGAUUCAAGAACAUUGUGUGUGUAAACGAAAAUCCACCUUACAACGUGCUAGAUCCAACCGUUUUUCGGGCAAAAUUACGGUGUUCGCGACAGGCACAGAAAAUGCGUCUGAAUAAUUAA